UCAUUGUUAUAUAUUUUUAUAGUCUUUAAAAGAGCUUAAGAGUUUAGGGCAUAGAUGAAAAUACCAUUUUUAGCUGUUACAAAUGAAGAUUAUUCUUCAUAUAUCACACAGGAAAGACUAAAAAAAACACUGAUCUAGCAUUAAAUGACAGACGUCACUGUACAAGACAGGAAAAAAAAAACAAUCGACGCCUGGCGUCGCAGGAUUGCCAACCAAUGCACGACAUCAGAUGGUGUUACGGUAUUUGUUUAAUUUGCUAUUCUGGAGAAGGUUAGAGAACUUGACAGAUUUGUUUUUAGAGAGGUUAUGGUCCAUGAAUAAACGUUGUUCUGUUGUGCGUUUUGUCAUAUAAUAAUAAUUGCACAUUUCACAAAUUAAUAAGUAUUAACUCAUAGUUGCCACAUUAUUUACAUCUAUUCAGUUACAAGGAGUCACAAGUUUACUUAGAAAGUGAGGUUAUGACGUCAAGUAAAUUAGUAAAAUGUUUCGUUUAAGAAUCAUUUCCCGCUUGACUUGUAAAGGACUAGAAAGAUGCAGAAAAUUCGAAGGCAAACGGCAUCAACAUGUUCUAAUUUUAAAAGGGUCACAGAUUGCACCCUCAACACUAACUUGCAAUGUUAAACCAUUCUCCCAUGCUUCGGAAACAACAUUAGAAACAGAACAAGAAUAUUUAGUGCGUUUAAAAAAUGACCCUGACACCUUUGGAGACUCAAGGGAAAAAGAAAUUUCUCAUGAAUCAGAUUUAAAAGAAGAAAAACACUUUGAGGAACAGGUAUUACCUUCUCAAAAGUCAACUACGAAGCAGUAUGCAGAUGUAAUAAAAAGUUUCAUUAGAAAGCGGAAGAUAAAAGAAGCCAUAGAUGUUCUAGAAGUGAAAAUGCUUCAAGAAGACAAAGUUAAACCUGAAAAUUAUAUUUAUAAUUUAGUGAUUGGUGCUUGUGGACGAGUGGGUUAUACAAAAAAAGCAUUCUCUUUGUACAACCAGAUGAAAAAACGUGAUUUAAAAAUUACAGGAGGUACUUACACUGCUUUAUUUAAUGCUUGCGCUAAUAGUCCUUGGCCAGAAGAUGGAUUAUCGAGAGCAAAACACCUUCGAAAUAUAAUGAUAGAAAAAAUGUAUGAACCUAACGCAACAAACUAUAAUGCAAUGAUAAAAGCCUUUGGUCGAUGUGGAGAUCUUACAGUAGCUUUUGCUCUAGUUGAUGAAAUGAUGAUUAAAAAAAUCCCAAUCAAAGAUGAUACAAUUAAUUUCCUAUUACAAGCCUGUGUUCAAGAUAAAGAAGCAGGUUUUAGACAUGCAUUGUUAGUGUGGCGAAAAAGUAUAGAAAAAAAUAUCCCACCAAGCUUGUAUACAUACAAUUUAAUGUUGAGGUGUAUAAGAGAUUGCGGAAUUGGUGAUGUAGAAGUAAUGCAAGAUACAGUCAACACAUUAUUGCAAAACAAAUCAAGCAAUGUAAAAUUUCUUCCUGAAAGUUCAACUAAUAGAAAACUUAUUCAACAUUCAUCUACACAUGAAGGCGUCGUAAAUAAAGACUGCAAAAAUGCAGAAAUUCCCAAUAAUGCAGUAGUAAAUAGUAGCUUCGAUCUUGAUGUCUGCAGGCCAAAUCUUAUGGCUAAGUUGCCGCAUUUGGGAAAUAUUGUCUCUUUCUCUGAAGUAACAAGGGCUGAAGAUCGAUUACUACUUGUUGGCGGUUGCAAAGGUUUUUUAAAUAAUAUGGUAGAACAUAAAUGUGCUCCUGACAUUAAAACAUUUACUCAGCUCUUAAACUGCCUACCUGGAAGUCUAGCGGCAGAACUGGAAUUAGAAAAAAUCAUGAGAAAGUUUGAUGUGAAACCAGAUAUUGACUUUUUUAAUAUGUUAAUAAAAAAACGUAGUAUGAGGUUUGAUUAUGAUGGAGGCAAGCAAGUACUAGAAGAAAUGAAAAAAUUCAAUUAUAGACCAGAUCUAAUUACAUUUGGCGUUUUAUCAUUAGGAUGUAAAACCAAGGAUGAAGCUUUACAAUUAUUAGAUCAGAUGAAAGAACAUUCAUAUAGACUAAACACAGAAAUUUUAGGAGCAAUGUUACACCAAGCAUGCCAUCAUAAGAAUUUUGCAUAUGUCCUAGAAAUAAUGGAAAUCAGUUUAAGAGAAAAUAUAAAACCAAAUAAAAUAUUUAUGCAAUGUUUACAAGAUUUUAAAAAAAUUUGCAAAAAAAUAUCAAAUGAUAAUGAAAAUAAAUUGUCUCAGAGUCAGUCUUUUCAGAAAGGUCACAGGAUAUUUCAAAUGAGAUACAAAACUUGGUUGGAAGAAAUAGAAGUGGAUGAUACUGAGGACAUUCACCCAUGGGCUCAGUACAGACAAACAACUGAGACGGACACUAGGCACUAUAAAGAUAAAUCUCACAGAUUUAAAGCAACGCACACAUCGCGAUUUAAGGUUAAAACAUCUACAAAACGUAAAUAUAAAAGAUAAAAAGAA